CUUUUCUGAAAUCGACAACGAUCUCUUUGGUUUUUCCGGUAUUUAAAACUAGGCUAUUCUAGCAGCAAGAUUAGUCUUUGCACGGAGAUGGAAAGAUAAUGAGGCACCCUCAGAAGAAGAGGAAAGGUGGCCACCAGGCAAUCAUGGCAUGCUUCACGGGCCACCUGGCGAUGAGAGGGCGGCACGCUCACAAGAACAGGUGCACCUGGAGGAAAUUCCAGGGAAAGACAGGAAUGUUUUCACAUGGCAACUGAGGUUUUCGUGGGUGCGUCUCUGCUAUUUCAACAUCUGCUCAUGCGUUGAGGACCUGACCCACCAUGGAGACCUCAACCUAGUUUUCUUUCCGCCAUGCUGGAGAUGUUUCCUCUACGGAAUGAGAGGAAGGACCUCAGUUAGGCUACUGGGCCAAGCUUGAGACAACCUGCUUCUUUCCACUUUCUUCUCUGUCCCACCACCAGCAGGAUGGACCAGAACGGAUCUUCUCAGAAGCCAACGGUGAUCUACAAGGCUGAAGUGACGACGGGGCAAGGUCUUCUAACGGGGACUUUAGAUUUGAUCUCCGUCACCUUGGUGGGCACCAAGGGAGAAAGCCCCAAGAGGUUUCUGGACCAGAUUGGGAUGACCUGCUCUCAAGGAUCGGUGGCGGAGGUGGACAUUCCAUGCGACUGGGACUUGGGACCCAUCUUGCUGAUCCGCCUGCAGAAGGAGCCCUAUUCCUGUUUCCCCCAGAGCAGCUGGUACUGCAACAAGGUCCAAGUGACCAGUCCUCAAGGAGAGCUCUUCCGCUUCCCCUGCUACCAGUGGAUCGAGGGUUACUGCACCGUCUCCUUCAGAGAAGGAACAGCUCACAAGCCUUCGGACGACACUCACGCCCUUCAGCGGAGGCAUCGCCAGGAGGAGCUGCAGCUGCAACAGCGCACAUACGGGUGGAAGGAAUACCUGCCCAAUACACCUUGCUGUGCCAACAUCGACACAACGGCCACAAUAGAACACAACAUUAUGUACUCCUUCCCUAAGGCAACGGCCUUUUUCGGACGUGGUACGACUGCCCUCUUUGAGGCCAAAAUGAAGGGCUUCCUCAACAAACCUUACUCUUGGGAGAAGCUGGAGGACAUCCGCAAAAUCUUCUGGUUCUACCACAAUCGUGUCUCAGAGUAUGUCUUUAAGCACUGGAAGGACGAUGCUUUCUUUGGGUACCAGUUCCUGAAUGGAAUCAACCCCAUCAAAAUCCAGAAAUGCACCACUAUCCCAGAAAACUUCCCCGUGACCCAGGAAAUGGUGGCAGGGACUUUGGGACGAACGACAACCCUGCAGGAAGAACUGGAGAAAGGAACCAUCUACCUGGUGGACUACAAGGUCCUCGAGAACGUCCCCACUACUUUUUUAAACAACCAGAAGCAAUAUAUCGCUGCUCCUAUCUGUCUGCUCCACCAAAAACCCAGCGGAGAACUUCUCCCUCUGGCUAUCCAGCUCAGCCAGCAUCCUGGUCCUCAGAGUCCCAUCUUCCUGCCCACCGACGAGGAGUGGCUGUGGACCUUAGCCAAGACCUGGGUGCGAAACGCCGAGUUCCACACCCACGAGGUCAUCGCCCACCUGCUGCGCGGCCACCUGAUGUCCGAGAUCUUCGCGGUGGCCACCCUGAGGACCCUCCCCAUGUGCCACCCCUUGUACAAGCUUCUGAUCCCCCACUUGCGUUAUUCCAUCCACAUCAACGUGUUGGCGAGGACCUACCUCAUCAGCCCAGGUGGCACCUUUGAUAAGGCCAUUGGCACCGGGCGCCAGGGACUAGCGGUGAUUCUCCAAAGAAGCCUGGCGGAACUGACCUACACCCAGCUUUGCCUUCCGGAUGACAUUGAAGCCCGGGGGGUGGGCUGCCUCCUCCAGUACUACUACAGGGACGAUGGCUUGAAGAUCUGGGAGGCCAUCCAGAGCUUCGUCUCGGGCAUUGUGGGACUCUACUACAAGAGCGACUCCGAGGUGCAGGGAGACGGCGAGCUGCAGUCCUGGGUGGCCGAGAUCUUCGCCAAAGGCUUCCUGAGCAGAGAGACCUCAGGCGUCCCUUCCGCCCUGCACUCCGUCCCAGAGCUCAUCAAGUACUUGACCAUGACCAUCUUCACCUGCUCAGCUCACCACGCAGCCGUCAACGGAGGGCAGUUUGAGAUGGGGGCCUUCAUGCCCAACCUGCCUUCGUCCAUGAGGAAGCCCCCUCCCCAGGCGAAGACCCCCGUCACCCUGCAGGAAUUCCUGGACACCAUCCCGGAGAUGAACGUGACCAGCCAGGUGCUCUCCGUCCUCUGGGUGCUGCGGAACGAGAGCCUGGACAUGAAACCGCUGGGCUACUAUGACGAGGAGCACUUUGUGGAGGAAGGCCCAAAGCAGCUAAUCAGCACUUUCCAGGAACAUCUCAGGCACAUCACCUUGGCCAUCGAGAGCCGGAACAAGACCCUCACGCUGCCUUACACUUACCUCUACCCCCCCAACAUAGAAAACAGCACCACCAUCUAGGACCCUGGAUUGCUCGGCCUGUGCAUGUUGCUAGUCCUCAAUGAGGGGAGCCCCUCCCCGUUUUCUUCAAAAGCAGGGUGGGGUGAGUGGAUAUGAAGAACAUGUUGGCACCAAAAGAUCUAGAGAUGUACGAAUUCCGCCUCCAGGAAUGCUCCAGGCAACGGAAAAGGCAAAGGGGAAAUGACCACAACUGUAGUUGCGUCGGGAGUCCUAGCGUUGUGUAGGCAGCCCUCGACUUACGACCGCAAGGGAACCCCAAAAACCUCCGUUGUUAAGCGAGACGUUUGCAAAGUGAGUUUUGCCCCCUGUUUGCGACCUUCCUUGCCUCGGUUGUUAAACGGAUCACUGCAGUUGGCUCGUUAGCAACCCGGUCCUUAAAUGAAUCCAGCCGCAAAAGGGGAUCACGGCAGCCGUUGUAAGUAUGAACCGGCAGCCAAGCGUCCGAAUUUCGAUCACGGCACCAUGACAGGGGAGGCUGCAGAGCUCACAAUUCUGACCAACGAUCCUAAGUUGGUUUUUUUCCGGUGGCGUUGUGACUUUGAACUGUCACUAAACGAAGAGUCGUAAGUCGAGGACUGCCUGGAGAUCCCUUCUCCUGCGAACACGGAGGAAGCGGAUUGAGAAAUAUAUUAUUUGGGGGACCAUAAGGCCCUUUGGCAACCGAACACGCCAAGGGCGGUCCAUUUCCCCCCCUCUCCCAAAAUAAAUCCUGUUUUAAGCGACAUUCCUCUCAAAAGAAAUGCUGAAUUUCAAGCCGAUCCUUUGUGUUGAGGUGUCUUUCCAGAGGGUGACAAGAGUUAAGAAGGCAAAAAACGACAAAUUACUUGG